AUGAGCCGUAAAGCCCUUGGGUUUCGGCUUAGCAGCGCCCACAAACUGCAGCGAGACUGGAAUGAUUGGCAGCCCAGGUUGGUAUCGCGCCACGGGUGAGACAGUCUAGAAUAGAACGGGGAUUCGCUGGGCCUAACCGCAGCUUCUUUAUUUAGCUAGCUAGCUAGUCAGCCACUUUGGUUCCCACACGUGAGGGAAAUGGCUUGAUAACAGUAACUAGCCAGUAACCAAGCUAACGCUCAAGCUUGAUAACGUUAUCCAAACUAGCUAGGUACGCUAUCAAGGAUAACCAACACUUUGCGCAUUUAUUCGGACUCUAAACACAACCUGCCGCAUUUCAUUGCUAUGCUUUCCUCGUGUUUAGGUAGACAUGGCUAGCUAGCUAACCUAAUAUUAUUAGUGGUCAGAGAAGCCAAUGCUUGGCAGCUAUUUCGGUAACAUUGGAAGUGGUGUUAGCUAGUAAUUGGUAGUUAUUACUAUUAUUAGCCAAUAUUCGUUGUCACUGAGAUGACAUGUUACCUUCACUUGGUAGCCAGCUAGUUAGUUGGCUAACUGACAUUAGUUAGCUCAAAGCGCAAAUGUAGCCAGCUAACUAGCAAGCUAACUAUGGCUGGUGUUCGUUAGCUAGCUAGGUUCUAACUUUCUUCACCUUUGUCCCCAGAGUGAUUGGGCUUGUUAGAUAGCUAGCUACCAAUCGUUGGGUGGUUGUGCUUUGAUAACGCGGUAUCCGGAUCAGUAAACUGAUUUGACAUCAAAUGGUGUGCUAACGUAUAGUGUGGCAACUUUGGCUUUCAAGCUGGCUAACUAGCUACCUGGCUACGGAACGAUGAGCCAUCGGUGGGCAACGUUUGUCUUUCCUGCUGUCUUGUGUUACGUUAUCUGGUCAACAAUGAUUAGCUAGAUGACUUUAGCUUGAUAGUUCAUAUUGGCUACCUAGCUAUCGCUCAAAAAUAACUAACCAGAAGACAGCUAACUAGCUACUAUGUUUUAACGCUUGCUAACUGAUUGCUAACCUGCUAUCUUUCCUAGUUGGCGCGGUACCACCCUUUGCCAGCAAACGAAAGUGAUUUUAGCAAUGCUGUCAGCGGAUUGAAUUGCACAAGGACAUCAAUAAAGUACAUUAUGCAAGCUCAUCAGUUCUUGAUUAAAGAGAGGGAGGUGUUUUUAGAACAUUCCUUCAGUUGAGACCUGCAUUUGACGUUUCUGUUCAGACAAAUGCUCAUAGUCUUGUGGAAAACUAUUCAACAGUGCUGUAAAUUAGCUAGAAUAAUUUCUCCAUCCAUGUAUCCAGUUGUUCAAUCCUAGACUUGUAAACCAGAUUGGGGUGAGAUUGUCAAACUGUAGGGAGUGUGUCCAUAUAAGUUAUGAUGAUGAACCACUAUCUAGCAAGUACAAGUUGCCCUGACUGUCUUCCCUGGUGGAUUUCACUGACUGUGUGUUUGUGUGUCCUGCCCCCCUGUGUGUCCGUCCCCCCUGUGUGUCCGUCCCCCUGUGUGUCCUGCCCCCCUGUGUGUCCGUCCCCCUGUGUGUCCUGCCCCCCUGUGUGUCCUGCCCCCCUGUGUGUCCUGCCCCCCUGUGUGUCCGUCCCUCCGUGUGUCCUGCCCCCCUGUGUGUCCUGCCCCCCUGUGUGUCCUGCCCCCCUGUGUGUCCUGCCCCCCUGUGUGUCCUGCCCCCCUGUGUGUCCUGCCCCCCUGUGUGUCCGUCCCCCUGUGUGUCCGUCCCCCUGUGUGUCCUGCCCCCCUGUGUGUCCGUCCCCCUGUGUGUCCGUCCCCCUGUGUGUCCUGCCCCCCCUGUGUGUCCGUCCCUCCGUCCGCCUGCUGCCCCCCUGUGUGUCCGUCCCUCCGUCCGCCUGCUUCAGAGGCGACAGUGUGUCAGCAGCUAUCCAGGACGGUGUGAAGCGCAUCGCCACCAGAGACCUGGGUCCAGCUGUAUACGACCCAACAGCAGUGGGAGUAGCAACCUCGGACCAGCCUGUCUCCCCACCUCUCCUACACAAUGAUGCCUUCCCAGCCACUGCAGACACUCUGGACGAAGGGGGUGGGUGUUACUGUUACUGUCUACUGUCUGCAGCAUGUUGGGGGGGGGGGCGUGCUACUGCAUCUGGAAGGAAAGCACCGCGUCCCCGGUUCCCCACAGAUAUCUGCCCUCAUGGCAGAGAAGUCUGCGUCUCAAAUGGCACUCUAUUCCCUAUGUAGUGCACUACUUUUGACCAGGGCCCAAUGGCAACAUAUUUCCUCUAUACUACUACUUUACUACAAGGGCUCAUGGGGCUCUGGUUAAAAAAUAGUGCACUAUAUAGGGAAUAGGAUGCCUAUAUAGUGCAUAUAGUCCUCUGUAGCUCAAUUGGUAGAGCAUGGCGCUUGUAACGCCAGGGGAGUGGGUUCGAUCCCCGGGACCACCAUACGUAAAAAUGUAUGCACGCAUGACUGUAAGUCGUUUUGGAUAAAAGCGUCUGCUAAAUGGCAUAUUAUUAUAUUAUUAUUAUUAUUAUUAUUAUUAUUUGGGACGCAUACAAGGUGUUAGCCACCUACGCUGCCCUGUAGCCUAAGUAAUUAUAGUUACGGUGAUUGGUGAAGUCACACACCGGUGCUUGGCGUUGUGCUUAAUCAUGUGCUGUGCGCGCUAGCAGCUGGUAUUGUAAUAAUGAUGCGUCCGCUUCCAGAGACUAGCUGUGCUUGGUCACGUUUCAUGUUCAGACCCUUGGUUUCGGUGUACUCCAGCACCAGGGUAGUGGACUCCAUGGCAGCAUGCCUUCGCAUAGCCCUUGAUCAUGACACACAGUUCCAUUACAUUACACAUGAGUCACUGGACGAAGGCGUCUUUUGUAUGGGGGAGUUUUGGUAAGAUCCCCAACGCUCAGUCCAAAAAUGAACAUGCAUCACUUGCGGUACGGUUUUGGAAGCGUAAGGACCUUAUCUUAAAAAAAUAAAAUAAAGGUUAAAUUCAUGCAUACCAUGAUAGGCUUGGUGUUCCCACACGGCCACAUCGCCAUGUUUCAACGCUUGGUCACGGAAAACUGACGGUAGACAGAGCUUGACCAGCUGUGCUAAUUAGCCAUCUACCGCGCUCCUAACACCUGUGCUAAUUAGCCAUCUACCGCGCUCCUAACACCUGUGUGUAAUCUAACUGGGGAAGUGGAGUUUGGUCGGAUAGCUGUAUGGAUAACCCUAGCUGUAUAGAUCUGUGCAAAACUGCUGAUGAAAGAUGAGGGCCAUAUGUUUAAAAAGCCAUAUUGCAAGUAUAUGGCUGUUGACCUUUCUGAACGUUCUAAAACAGCGUUGGGAUUGUAGUUCACAUGAGCCAGUCGUGGCAUGGGCCCUGUGGCAUGGGCAUGGGCCCUGUGGCAUGGGCAUGGGCCCUGUAUCCAUGGGCAUGGGCCCUGUAUCCAUGGGCAUGGGCCCUGUAUCCAUGGGCAUGGGCCCUGUAUCCAUGGGCAUGGGCCCUGUAUCCAUGGGCAUGGGCCCUGUAUCCAUGGGCAUGGGCCCUGUAUCCAUGGGCAUGGGCCCUGUGGCAUGGGCCCUGUAUCCAUGGGCAUGGGCCCUGUGGCAUGGGCAUGGGCCCUGUAUGCAUGGGCAUGGGCCCUGUAUCCAUGGGCAUGGGCCCUGUGGCAUGGGCCCUGUAUCCACAAAGCAAAUCAAAAUGGAUUUGCCACGUGCUUCGUAAACAACAGGUGUAGACUAACAGUGAAGUGCUUACUUACGAGCCCUUCCCAACAAUACAGAGAGUAAAAUAGAGAAAUAAUAUAAAAAUAAUAACACAAGGAAUACAUACACAAUGAGUAACGAUAACAUGGCUAUAUACACAGGGUACCAGUACUGAGUCGAUGUGCAGGGGUACGAGGUAAUGGAGGUAGAUAUGUACAUAUAGGUAGGGGUAAAGUGAGUAGGCAACAGGAUAGAUAAUAAACAGUAGCAGCAGCGUAUGUGAUGAGUCAAAAGAGUUAGUGUAAAAAGGGUCAAUGCAGAUAGUCCUGGUAGCUAUUGGUUAACUAUUUAGCAGUCUUAUGGCUUGGGAGUAGAAACUGUUCAGGGUCCUGUUGGUUCCAGACUUGGUGCAUCGGUACAAGCUUGCCGUGCGCUAGCAGAGAGAACAGUUUAUGUCUUGGGUGGCUGGAGUCUUUGACAAUUUUUUGUAUCUCAGAGCAGGCGUGCUGAUUUUAGCAUCUGUCCAUAUAAUCAUAUUCAUUAUGAUCUAAAGGGAAAAACGGAUCCUAGAUCAGCACUGCUACUCUGAGGCACUUUGUGUAAAAUGGGCCCUGGUCAAAAGUAGUUCAAAAGAGGGUGCCAUCUCUGGCGCAGCCAGCGUUGUCGUAGUGACAGGAACUGUUCCUUCUGAGACUGCUGUGGUGGAAUGACCACCUCUUCCAUCUUUCACUGUGUUUGGACUUUCAUCCAUGGGCUCAUACAGCAGUAAUGAUGGUGAUCAUUUCUCUGUGCUUUGUUGGCUGUAUAACCAGGACACUCUCUGGUGGAGCUAGCACUGUAUGCUUUCUGGUGGAAGACUAACGCUUUCUCUCCCCUCUCUCUCUCUCCACCUCUCUCCCUCUGUCUUUCCAACACACACACUCUCUCUCUCCCCUCUCUCGCUCUCUGCCCCCCCCCUCCCCCCCCAGGAGGAUAUGAAGCUGCAGGAGGGUUCAGUGAUGAUACUUUUGGUUGGAAGUCGUUGGGGCAAGAGUUGAGGAUCAACGAUGCGACCGCCGAUUUGACCACUUUUCAGCAGCAUGGAAAC